AUGGCAACAGCUAAUAUACCUAUCCGUACAAAAGGUCAGACAACCUGUAUUCAUCACAAGGGGAAACAACUGGAAUUCUAUUGUGAAAAAUGUGAAGAACUUGUUUGUCCAAAAUGCUUUUCCUCUAUUCACAAAAGCCAUCCGGUUUGUGACCUCAGUGAAAUCACUCCUCAGAAGAAACAAGACAUUAAAAACUUUAUUGACAGAACAGAACAAAAUGACCUGGUACAAAUUGUUAAAUACAUCACCUCUACUGAUACACUCCUCAAUGAAAAUGACAGCACAUUUGAGAAACUGUCACAUCAGUUGAGGAUGCAAACAGACAAGUUAAAAGAAGACCUUGACAUGCUCACAGCAGAGACACUCUCUCGUUAUCAGAAAAUGAAAGAGGACAAUUCAAAGCUGAUACAGAAAUACAAACAGGACCUGGAGAUGUACGACAAACAACUCAAACAACAAAUACAGGAAUGUAAGACAGCACUUCAGCAGGGUUCUGACUUAAACAUUUACGAUACAAGAUGUGAAAUAGAUUCCAAAAUACAUUUCCCUGUUAAACCUGCCCUGGGUAAUGUCAGCUUCAUUCCAAACAAAAAUCCUCAAGGUCACCUAAAGCUUGCUUUAGGGAAAGUUAACAUCUCAGGUCAAGGUCUAACAUCAACUGACCAGGAUCGGUCAGUCCCAACAUCAGAUGGUCAGGGACAGUCCUCUACACAACAACAAUCAGGCGAUAAAGGGAAGAAAACAGUGACAAGGUAUAAACUACUGUCAGAGACCAAGGUGGUGGAGGAGUGGAAGUCUCCAUGUAACAUUUAUUCUAUAUGUCCCACCACUGAUGACCAGGCCUGGACCAGUUACUACCGCAAUAAGACAUUAACUCUCCUAGACAGGAAGGGUAUAGAAAUACAGAAGGUCACACACAAGGCGAGGAUCAAUGACAUCAGUCUGUCACCAACAACACACAGACUGUGGGUCUGUGACAGAGAAAACAACAUCCUGGAGCUGGUAUCAGGACAACUAACACACAGAUUCAGAACCAAGGAGAGACCCGAGUGUUUAUGUGUCACAGCCAGUAACCAUGUCAUUGUAGGCAUGCCUAAACACAUCUCUAAAUUUACCACACAAGGUCAGAUAGUGCUCACUUCAAUGGCUGUAGGGACUGAGAAACCAUUAGUGUGUACACCAUGGAGGAUCACAGAGUGUCCUGUCACUCACAAUGUCGCAGUGAUUGAUUUCAGUAAUAAAGGUGAUGGUGGUGAUGGAAACAAACAUGUUGUUGUCAUGGAUACUAACUUCCAGGAACUGUUUGUAUACAGAGGUGACAUCCCCAGUACAUAUACAACAUCACAAACAGGAGGUGAACCAUUUUACCCCUGGAGUGUGGUGUAUGAUAGUGUAGGGAACCACAUCAUAGGGGACUUUAACAACCACAGGGUCCUACUCCUCAGUGGAGGUAGUGAGUUCCUCAGGAUCAUACACACAGACACAAACUGGACAUUGGCUGUAGGUGUAGACAGGAAGGAUGUCCUGUGGGGAGUGUUUUGUGGUGACAAUGUGAAACUACUACAGUACAGAACUUUAUCAACUUUUUCAUUUCCCUUGAUGCCAACAUGGCUCGGGAUCCACAGAAAAACAACUUUACAUUUAUCGGAAGUUCGAGAUAUCCGGGAGGAAAGGUUUUGUAUUAAGGUGUUCUUGGGUUCACGUGAUCGUAAACUUUGA